AUGGAUCAACAGACAAACAACGUCCAAGAAAACUAUGGUUCUCGAUUGGAAAGAAUUCACUCAUCAGAAAUUUUGGAUCAGAAAUUUGGUUUUCAACGUUACACUGAUAGAGAAUGGAAGGAUGCGUGGUUGUUGAAUGUUCAGCCGGCGGAAAUGAUUGAUGAGGAAACCAAAAAUAUCGUUGCAGUAUGCGACUUUUAUUUCCUUCAAGAAGAUGGUGGACGUUUUAAGAUAUCAUAUCCAUUUCGUCCAUAUCUUUAUAUCGCAACGCUCCCUUCAUUUGAACAUCAGGUCCUGUCAUAUUUAUCGAGGAAACAUACGACUGUAGUUACUGCCGAUAUUGUAGAAAAAGAAGACCUUGAUUUAAAAAAUCAUCUCUCUGGAUUGAAACAAACAUAUUUGAAGAUUUCAUUUCCUAGUUUAAGCGAAUUUUCGAAGUUCAAGAAAGAUAUUACGCCAAUACUAAAGAGAAAUCAGCAAAGAGAAAAGCAAACAACUUCGUAUACUAAUCUGCUUACUAGACAUCUUGGUUCACGGGAAGAGCUGUUCGAUGAAGGCGGCGUUUUAGAAAAAAUUAUUGAUUUAAGAGAGCACGACUUACCUUACCAAAUGAGGGUGUGUAUUGAUCUGGAAGUAUUUGUGGGUCUGUGGUAUCGUGUAACAGGAAGAGAUUUCGAUCGAAAGCCAAAAAUAACUCGUCAUCCAACGCUGAUCGAUCCACCAGAACCAAUUAUUUUAGCUUAUGAUAUUGAAGUUACAAAGCUACCUUUGAAAUUUCCAGACAGCGCUUUCGAUGAAAUCAUGAUGAUUUCAUAUAUGGUCAAUGGAAAUGGUUUCUUAAUUAUUAAUAGACAAAUUAUUUCCACCGAUGUGGAUAAUUUUGAGUAUACUCCAAGACCGGAAUAUAAGGGAAUAUUCCGAGUCAUCAAUCUGCCUGACGAAAAAGCAGUUAUCAAAUAUUUUUUUGAUCAUAUCAUUCGUCUACGUCCAUCUGUAUUCGUCACUUAUAACGGCGAUGCAUUCGAUUGGCCUUUCGUGGAAGCUCGUGCUGCAGUACAUGGUUUGAAUAUGUCAUCUAAAAUUGGUGUUUCUAAAAAUCCUUCUGGAGAAUACAGAACUACAAAUGCAGUCCACCUUGAUGCAUUUAAAUGGGUAAAACGUGACAGUUAUCUUCCGAUGGGAAGUCAGAAUCUGAAAGCCUGUACAAAAGCUAAGCUUCGGUAUGAUCCAAUUGAGCUUGAUCCUGAACAGAUGUGUGCAAUGGCCAAAGAUGAGCCUCAAACCUUGGCAAAUUAUUCAGUGUCUGAUGCAGUAGCAACCUAUUAUUUAUACACUAAAUAUGUUCAUCCAUUUAUCUUUGCACUUUGUACAAUUAUACCCUUGGGUCCCGAUGAUGUACUUCGUAAGGGUUCUGGCACACUUUGUGAAGCGCUUCUAAUGGUUAAAGCAUUUCAUAACAAUAUCAUAUUUCCGAAUAAAUCCUUGCAUUAUGGAACAAAAUAUACUAGUGAUGGACAUGUGAUUGAAAGUGAAACAUAUGUUGGGGGCCAUGUUGAGGCUUUGGAAUCCGGUGUUUUCCGUGCUGAUAUCCCCGAAAAAUUUCGAAUCGUACCGGCUACAAUCCUAGAUUUAAAACGAGACAUUAGAAAAACAUUGAGAGAUUCAUUAACUCGUGAACUUGGCGUUAAUAUGAAUGAAGUUGUUGAUUUCGAUAUUAUUGCAACUAAGAUUGAAACACAGCUUGAUGACUUUAUUAAAAAACCUCUACGCUUUGAAACUCCGAAGAUUUAUCAUUUGGAUGUGGGUGCAAUGUAUCCUAAUAUUAUACUUACCAAUCGCCUUCAACCAUCAGCAGUUGUUACAAAUGAGGAUUGCAUUGCUUGUGUGUACAAUUCACCAGAUGCGAAAUGCCGGAGAACGAUGCAAUGGGAGUGGCGCGGUGAAAUCAUGCCUGCUUCAAAAGGCGAGUAUGAGCGCAUUCUGCAACAACUUGAAAAUGAAACAUUUGGCAAACCACCAAUAGCGUUCCAUAGCUUAGAUCAAGACCAAAGAAUUAAAAUUGAAGUGAAACGAGUGAAAGAUUUUUGUAAACGUGCUUAUGGUAAAACUCACGUUACAAAGACUGAAUAUCGAUAUACGACGAUUUGUGAACGGGAAAAUGCGUUUUAUGUGGAUACCGUAAAAGCUUUCCGAAACAGACGCAAUGAAUACAAAGCAAUGCUUAAAGAAGCUAAAGCUGUUCUAGACGAAGUACCGGAAGAUGAUAUUCAUGCUUUAAAAUCAGCCCAGGGUCGCGUUGUUCUAUACGAAAGUUUACAGCUUGCGCAUAAGUGCAUCUUGAACUCAUUUUACGGAUAUGUCAUGCGGAAAGGUGCGAGGUGGUUUUCAAUGGAAAUGGCUGGUAUAGUUUGUCAUACUGGUGCAAAUAUUGUCACUGAAGCACGAAAGCUUGUAGAAAAUAUUGGGAAACCCCUGGAACUUGAUACGGAUGGAAUAUGGUGCUUGAUUCCGGGGACUUUUCCGGAGAAUAUUACUUUCACUUUGAACAAUUCUAAGCGCAAAACGGUAACUAUUUCAUAUCCCGGUGCAGUUCUCAAUGCGCUUAUUUAUGAUAAAUUUACGAACCAUCAAUUUCAUCAGUUUGAGCAGGAUGGAACUUACUCUAUAACUUCUGAAAAUUCUAUAUUUUUCGAAGUUGAUGGACCAUACUUGGCGAUGAUCCUUCCAGCUUCUAGAGAGGAAGGCAAAAAGCUAAAAAAAAGAUAUGCAGUUUUCAAUUUCGAUGGUUCACUUGCUGAGCUAAAGGGGUUUGAAGUAAAGCGGCGUGGCGAAUUAGCACUGAUCAAAUAUUUUCAAAGUUCAGUUUUCAAAGCCUUUCUAAAAGGUAAAAAUCAUGAAGAGGCGUACGAGCAUGCUGCGACAGAAGCCAACUAUUGGCUGGAUGUAUUAUUCUCGAAAGGCGCUAACCUUCCAGAUUACGAGUUGUUUGAUUUAAUUGCCGAAAAUCGGAGCAUGUCAAAAAAACUUGAUGAUUAUGGUCAACAAAAGUCAACAUCUAUUUCAACCGCAAAACGUCUUGCAGAAUUUCUUGGUGACGAUAUGGUUAAAGAUGUUGGGCUUGCAUGCCGUUUUAUCAUUUCUAAGAUGCCACUUGAUGCACCUGUCGCACAAAGAGCUAUUCCUUUGGCUAUAUUCCAAGCGGCACCAAAUAUCUCUGCUCAUUAUCUUCGAAAAUGGACCAAGGAUACAACAAUUACCAAAGACAAUAUUAAUAUCCGAAAUAUUAUUGAUUGGGAAUAUUAUAUUGAACGCUUCGGUGCUACCAUCCAAAAAAUUAUCUCAAUCCCAGCUGCCUUGCAGAAUGUUCCAAAUCCAGUUCCACGCGUUCCUUUUCCGGACUGGUUGGAAAACAAGCGACAACAGCGGAAAAAUGAUCAUAAACAGCCAAAAAUCAGCGAAAUUUUUAAAAAAACUGCUAUACCUACUUUUGCACCUGAUAUUGAGAAUGUUGGCAAUUCAAAAGUUACGAAUAACAGUUUAUUGGAUAAUAUUACGAUUCUCAGUAACUCCCCGAAUUUAGAGAAGGGUUCUUCUGCAGUGAAGGACGUAUUAAAUAUUAGUGUGAAGGAAUUGCAUGAUUCAACAACACAAAAGUCCGAUCGGUGGACGAUAGUACAAAAAAAAACAAUUGUUGAGCACGGAAUUGAAGAAUGGUUGCGAUAUUUGAAGGCGAAGUGGCGAAAAGAAAGGGAAGAUAAGAAUCGUAGAAGACAAAGUGUUUUGUCUAAAGGAAUUACACCAAUUAUGUCAAUGCUUGAACGUGGUAAACAGAUGAUGCGAGAUACAGUAUGGCAAAUUGUUAAGAUAUCAGAAACUUCAAGCAAAGGUAUGUUGGUAUUGUGGUGUAUAAUUCUUGAUAAAAUGAUGAAAAUCAAUUUACGAAUGCCGCGGAUCAUUUAUGUGAAUAAUCGUGAAGAAAAUGGGAAUUCUGGCACACCAGUAAAACGUAUUCUUCCACGUUUAAAGCCAGUUUUUAAUUUGCGGCGAUAUGUUAUCGAUGAAAGGAUAUUUGAAUCUAGUUUAAAUCAGUUAAACAAAGAGCUGUGUGCGAUGAGAAUUGAAGGUGUUUAUGAAUCACAAGUACCGCUGCUGUUCCGAGCUUUACUUACCUUCGGCUCUAGCUGUCGAUUAAAACCGAAUUCUCAAACAAAUUCAGCUACUACAUAUGAUUUCGAACAGCUUGAACCGGAUUUCUCGGUGCAAUAUCUUCCGGAAAACAGCGUUCGUACGUUGUUUUUUUAUGUGCAUCAGCAGGAUAGUCGAUGUGUCAUGGCAGUAUUCAAUACAGCUACAAACGAAGCGCACAUCGUUGUGGUGAAUAAAACUGAAUUAAAUUUGCCGAAUUUAUCAAAUAUGUAUGCUAAUGAAAGAGCAAAUUUAUCUGGUGAUGUUAACGUUUCCUUUUUGAACAGCAAAACUGAUAUGAAUUUCACUGUAAGUCAAUGCGUCGCUGUCGAAAUGGCUGAUCGAAUAAUUCAGAGAUAUAUCCGAAGUUUGCAUCAUGUGGAUAGUUACCCGACAAUGGUUGCUGUGCAAUCAAGACAGCAGUUGUCUACACUGAUUAAGCGAUUGCCAGCGCUUGAUGGCUAUCCUCUUGUACGAAUUCAUGCUUCUGAGCCAUCCGGUCUUUUCAAUAUUCUGGACUGGCAACGUAUCGCCCUGAGAAGAAUCAUCAAACAUUAUUUCAAUAUGUUCUUAUAUUUGAAUCAAUAUGUUGAAAUCAGCCGUUAUUUACAUGUUCCUAUUGGUAAUAUACCGGAAGAUUUUUCAACAUUUGGCCCAGAUAUAUUGUUUGCACGAAGUCUCAUCAAUCAGGGAUACAUUCUGUGGGCAUCACCGCUUAGUCGACCGGAUCUUGGUGGUAAAGAACUAGAUGAUGCACGUCUGAGUGCUGUUUGGUCAUCGCUUUCUGUCAAUAGACAGUCAGUUUGUGUGAUUAAUGAGUCCAGCUUCGAAACCGAUAUAUGCGUUGAGCUAGAAUUGGGAGCAGUUGAUGUUACAGCAAUUGUGCAAUCAGCAAGUAUUGCUGAUGCGGAAGGUGGCGCAGAUUCAGUUGGAUUCUUGACUGGAACUGUUUUGUCUGCAGAUGCGCUUCUUGGAUAUAUCCGAAGUAUUGCUCAGUAUGAUGAAGGAGCAGCGGUGGCAGGUCCAUUAAAAGUCCUUCGGCUCUUGUUACAUGACUGUAUUAAAGAUAUUCACCUAUAUGGUAGCAAAAUUGCGGACCAAGUAAUCGUUAGCCUUGAUCGCUGGUUACGCACACAACAUUCAUUGAUGUAUGAUCCUGCAAUUGUUCGCGUAGUUGAUAUAUUAAUUACUAAGCUAAUUCUCUUAUUAGUUGCCGAACUGAAUCGUUUGGGCGGACGUAUUAUUUACGCAUCUAGUUCACGACUUAUUAUGUGCACACAACGUUCAACUUUUGAACAUGCGCAGUCAUUUGUGAAUAGCUUGCUUCUAUCAUUUGAAGAGCACGCAAUUUUUGCAUCAUUGAAUGUCAAGGCAAUUAAAUUUUGGGAUGUUCUGUUGUGGGUUGAUGCGAAUGAUUAUAUUGGAAUUCUUUGGAAUGAAGAAGAAGAAAAGAACGAAGUGACUAUGAAACUUGGCACUUCCAAUUUUAUUGAAGAAAAUCAUCGAAAUUUGUUUAAACAGACAUUAAUUGGAUAUCUCGUCUUAGUAGCUCGAAAUGUAAGAUCAACUAAGAAUAUAGAGGAGCAGCAACAUUAUCGCUUAAAUCUGGUAAAGAACGAGGUUACUGAACAAAUGUUUGAUUUUCUUAAUAAUUUGUCAUCAAGUGCUGAUAUUCGGCAGAAUACUGAUUUGCGAAAUUCAAUUAUUAUGAUGGUGAAAGGAAUAUCUCAUUUUAUUGGUCUCGAUAGUGCCGUUUACCAACCGAUUGCAAAGCUGCGUUAUCAACUUCUGUGUAUGUUGGAUGUGGACGAUGCAACAGAUGACGGUAUGUGGCAGUCGUUGAACGUUUCGUGCAUUUUAACCCAAUUAUUUUGUUCAGUGUGCUGCCAAUCAAGUGAUUUGGAUGUGUGCCAAUCAGAAGCAUGGAUUUGUCCAUGCUGUAGAAAACAAUUCCAGUCGUCUACCAUUGAACAACUUCUAAUAGAACGAGUGAAUCAGCUUUUAAUAGCUUAUACAAUACAAGAUUUCAAGUGUACACGUUGCGGAGCGGUUCGAAGACAUAAUCUGUCUCUUUUUUGCGAUUGUUGCGGUGUUGAGGAAAACGUUAUAUCACCCGAUGAACUUCGUUUCAGCCUGGAAACGGUUGGGAAAAUAGCUCAGCAACAUAACCUCACACGUUUAGCUGAAUUAUGUGAAUGGACUUUAUUCUGA